AUGGAAGACCGCGAAAAUAGAACAUUUGACGACCAAGUAAAAACCAAAACCGCAAUCUAUCCUCGAUUAUUACUUAAUACACCUCAAACAAGAAAUUCGUCUCUAAUUCGUCUUUCAACUGCCUAUACAAAUGAACAGCUGGAUACCUAUAUUUCGAGGUUGUGGCAAAUUGGCAAAAAACACGAUGACUUAUUGAUGCUGAAAGAGGAGGAAAUGAUUAAUGUAUGCCAUGGGGUUCGUCAGUUAUUUCUUGCUCAACCUAAUCUCCUUGACCUUGGGGGUCCUCUGAAAAUCGUUGGAGACAUUCAUGGCCAAUAUGAAGACCUCCUACGAAUUUUUGACCUCUGUGGAAAUCCUAAGGAAACCAAUUACCUGUUUUUGGGUGACUACGUUGAUCGGGGAAAACAAAGUUUAGAGACAAUUUGCCUCCUUUUUUGUUAUAAACUUCGCUAUCCUACUCGAUUUUUCCUCCUUCGUGGUAACCAUGAAUGCCAGGCAAUUUCCAGAAUAUAUGGUUUCUUUGAAGAGUGCAAAAGGCGAUUUUCAGUGAAGUUGUGGAAAACAUUUAUCGACGUCUUUUCUUGUCUUCCUGUCUGUGCAAUAGUUGAAAAUCAAAUUUUCUGUUGUCAUGGUGGGCUUUCACCCGAAAUGCUUACCCCAAAGCUAGUAAAACUGGAAAACUUAAGACAAAAAAUACGGGAUAUUGCCCGUCCAUGCGAUGUUCCCGAAAGAGGACUUCUGUGUGAUCUCCUUUGGUCUGACCCUUGGUACAUAGAGUCCUUUUCAAGUGAUAAGGAAGCUCGUGGCUGGGAACCCAGUGAACGUGGUGUUUCCUAUAUGUUUGGACCCGACAUCAUUGAUAAGUUCUUAGAAAGGUAUGAACUUGAUUUAAUAUGUCGAGCACAUCAAGUUGUAGAAGAUGGAUACGAAUUCUAUGCCAACCGUUCACUGGUUACCAUCUUCUCCGCUCCCAAUUACUGUGGGGAAUUCGACAAUGCUGGCGCAGUUUUCAGUCUCACUCCUCCUACUACCAAACUCUUUAAAGAUUCAGACUGCUUGGAAUGGGAAGGCAGUUUUCACAUUAUUCGGCAACCCUUCCCAGCUGGUGAAAAUCCCCCUACGUUGGUGCGACCUGAAGGGCUUCAAAGAUACAGCUAA